AUAAUCUGGCAAAAAUGCACAUAACCAGUGAAGUGAGUUCUACCACCUCCAACAACUCUUCGAAAAAAGGCAGUCGUAGUGCCAAUCAUGAGAAUAACAAUAAUUCCAGUACAACAAAUAACAACAACAACAACAGUAACAGUAAUAAUAAUGGCUCCGCCUCAAAAAAGGCGGUGGAUACAAGCCCCUAUCUAACACCGGAAAAUCUUAUCGAACGCACCGUUGAUGUUCUGCUAGCCGAACAUCCGGGCGAACUUGUUAAGACUGGAUCACCACACAUUGUCUGCACCACACUACCCACACAUUGGCGUUCCAACAAAACUCUGCCCAUUGCCUUCAAAGUGCUCGCCUUAGGCGAAGUGAUGGAUGGCACGAUUGUCACGAUACGUGCUGGCAAUGAUGAGAACUUUUGUGGCGAAUUGCGUAACUGUACGGCAGUGAUGAAAAAUCAAGUGGCCAAAUUUAAUGAUUUGCGUUUCGUAGGCCGCAGUGGGAGAGGUAAAAGUUUCACACUCAGCAUUGUGAUCUCCACAAAUCCCAUACAAGUUGCGACAUACAGUAAAGCCAUUAAAGUCACCGUCGAUGGACCCAGGGAGCCACGUUCAAAAAUCCGACAUCCUGGAUUUCAUCCUUUUGCCUUUGGGCCUCAACGAUUUGGGCCAGAUCCUCUUAUGGGCGGUUUACCGUUUAAAUUACCCGGCUUUGCCCACCAUUUGGUGGGCAUGCAUACCCAUCAACAUGCACCGGAUUGGCGAACUUUGGGAGGAAGUCAUGCAGCGGCCUUGGGACGUCCAGGAUUUCCUCAUGGCAGCCCGUUCUUUCAUCAUCAACCUGCAGCAUUUCCAGGACAUGUUGGUGGUCUGGAUCGGCAAGGAUUAAAUCGAAUGGGAGAUCACCAUCACCACCUAUCGCAAUUGACGCAAUUAUCUGCCAUAGGAGCAGCGCACAGUACCACCAGCCCUGAAGGUUCACCGACCACAACAUCGGCGGGCCUAGCUCAUCACUCCUUGACCACUUCCCCGCCCUUGACCACAACCACUAGUGAUAAUGACAACAAUAUCGAUGCGGGCUUUGAAAGUGAUAGCAUAUCGGUGACUGGAUCACCGCGCAAGACAUCCUCCAUACACGAGGAUGAUGAACAACGCAGCACUUCACCACCCUUGACACAGGCAGGCAGUGGGGGAGCUUUCACCUCGUUAAUACAACGAAGUCCAGCCUUAAGGAAAAAUGAAUUAUUCUCGGGAUUUGCAUCGAAUUUCACACCACCACACUCAUUCAAUCCAGCCUUGGCUGCUCAAUUAUUUUUACAAAAUCCCCUACUGCCUCAGCCCAGUCAGUGGUUAUAUACCCAGUUGUAUGGCAACUACAAUGAAUUUCCAUGGUUUCGAAAUGCCACACCCACACAGGCGCAAGCCAUACUCAGUGGUGGAAUUGAGCCUAGCACAACAACAACAACCACAACAACAGGGGCAGGUAAUCUAGCUUCAGCCAAUACUGAAAACUCCACGCAUGGGGUAAAUUUAAUAAAGCGUUGUGUCACCCUGAUAUCCCAUUCCGGCAAUGAAGUUGGACGUGCAGGUGCUGAUCAUAUGAAAGCCGCCACAACCAAUAGCAGUACUCCUCCACCAGUAACCUCCAGCCGUAGAUCUCCUUCACCAGUGGAAACCAUAGAUUUGGAUGAGGUCAGCAAUACUUCAAGAUCGGCUAGCAGCUCUUAUGGACCCAUACGUUGCCGCACUCCCAAGUCAUCAGAUGUAUGGCGGCCUUACUAGCAACUGCGUAAAGCCAUAGGUCAGGCUUUGGGUUUGAGUAUAGGCGAGACAGCGGAAACAGAAAUGCCAAACGAAGAAGAAGA